ACAUUUCAGGAAACGGACUUUCCGAGGUCAGAGGUUACAGGACCAAGUGGGAGUGUAGCUGGUGGCCGUCUCGGCUGACCUCGGCUCUCCUCGGUCAUGUCCAGCGCGCUCGCGCGCCUGCUCUUCUACCCGACUUUGGGUUACAAUGUGGUUAUGGAGAAGCUGUCCUCGCGCCGCUGGUUCGACCGCGUGGACGAGACUGUGAUCCUCGGCGCGCUGCCGUUCAGGUCCAUGACCGCACAGCUGUUGGAGGAGAACGUUCGGGGGGUCGUCACCAUGAAUGAGGAGUAUGAAACCAAACGCUUCUGUAACUCAGCCCAGGAGUGGCGUGCAGUUGGCGUGGAGCAGCUGCGGCUGAGCACCGUGGACCUGACGGGAGUGCCGAGUCUGCAGCAUCUGCACCGAGGGGUGGAGUUUGUCCUGCAGCACAGAGAGCGCGGUUGCUGCGUUUACGUGCACUGCAAGGCCGGGCGCUCUCGCAGCGCCACGCUCGUUGCUGCCUACCUCAUUCGGCUGCACUGCUGGACUCCAGAGGAGGCGUGCCAAAAGCUGAAGUCUGUGCGCUCACACGUCCUAGUGCGCCGAGCCCAGAUGGACAUUCUUAGAAAAUACUACACACAGGUGUGCGGACAGGUGGACUGAAAGAGAAUGGAUGCUCACACCUGGACUGGUUCCUGUAUGUGGACAUACAGUGACCCCCCCCCCAAAAAAAAGAAGUUCUUCCGAUUUUCUUAAAGAAUUUUCCUCAGUGGGUCACAGCUCGGAUGCUUGGUCUGUCUCUGCAGGGCUAAAGGGUACGAGGAGGUUCUCCUCUUGAGGACCAUCUGCAGGUGUCUCAUCUCUGCUGCUCCGCCUAAUAAAGACGUUUGACAUAAAG